GAGGCCUGUUUGCAGCGCUGGAAGAAAAGUCUUGAGCGCGAGGGGAGAUCUUUCCCAGACAGCCCUCUCUUGCGAUGAACCUCAUCAUCAGCACCGCUCUGCGCCAUCCUUCGCGCGUACAUGGAUUGAUCAGUCGCGAUUUGCAACGGUCUCACUCGACACGGAGAGAUGGUGACAUCCAACCCAUCCGAUGAAGUCAAGAUGACAGAGCCUGUUUCCGCUGGAAGCUCUCCCUCUGCUGCGGUGUUUCGCUUCUUGGAGCCGGGUCAGCCAGAUGCUAUAGACUCUCUCUCCCCGGUCGAAGCUUCUGAUGAACCCCGCUCGUCACCCGUUCAGCCGCAAGAGCAACACCAUCGAGCUCCAGCACCAGCUGAUGCGGAUGACAUCGCCCUCUCUGCGCAAGUCGUACUCACCGCGCUCGAAGCUGCCAAGAAUACGGAAAAAGAGUCGCAGGCUUCGCUCGGAGAGCUAGGAGGUGUGGCGCAUACAAUCGCCGGGGCGGAUGUGAUGCCUGGUGGGACGGAUGACAAGCAAGGCGGACGAGUAGGCGAGAGGGACAUGAAGGGCAUAGAGGGAACAAGCAGGGAAGAGCGUCUGCUCAUUCCCUCGCUCAUACCUUGCGACGCUACUGCUGCUGCUCCUCAGGCCGAGGCAGGGUCCAAGCAAGCCAUCUACCUCCCCUCGGACGAUCUGCAGCUCUACCUCACAUUCCACUGUCGGCCUCUUUGGAGGAGGUUGAUGUGGUACGCCAUGGUGCUCCUCACUGCAGGUAUCGCUUGGAUCGUCGCCUUUUACGCUCCUCGGCUUUGGCUCAAAAUCAAUUGCUCGCCUACUCUACUGGUCGGCGAGGAGCAGCAGGCGCGAGCUCGGCAGAAUGGCCAAGUAUGGGUGGCCGUCAAGACUGCACACGAGCCUUUGGCCCUGGUCCGCCUCAAGCAAAGGUCGCUCUCGGAGCCAGUCCUGCGCAAGCAUGUGUUCACCGAAUCUCUGCGCUUGCCGCCUUCAGACGUGAUCGCUCACAUUUCCGGACUUGCUCGGCCUCGGGCAGACACCGGCUCAACUUCAGAGCCAAGGUCGACACUCUCGUCUCUUUCUCUCCUAUCUUAUCGAUCCGUGACCCUUCUUCUCACACCAGUUGGUUUUGUGCCGCUAGGCGAUUGGAGAGACUCGAAUUGGACAAGCAGACAAGCCUUUUUUGCCGGCCUCGCCAGCAGCGACGGACAGCCGGGUUCCUGGAGGAGGACAAUGUUUGGACUAAACGAAAUCAUCGUGGAAACGAAGAGCUGGGGAAGGCUGACUGUGGAUGAAGCGCUUCAUCCAUUCUACAUCUUCUCGCUGUGCUCCAUAGCCCUUUGGUCCUAUGACGAGUACCAAUGGUAUGCGCUGGUAAUCGGUGUCAUCAGCAUUGCCGGUAUCGCUGCGAGCGUCAUCACGGCCAAAAGAGCCCUGCAGCGACUCCAACAAAUGAGUCGGUUCGAAUGCGACGUCAGGGUUCUUAGGCCAACAAGCCCUGACAGCGACGACAAGGGCGAAGGUCACGCUCAAUGGCACAUCAUCAGGAGCACCGAGCUGCUCCCCGGAGAUGUGAUUGAUGUGGCUUCUACUGAGGCCAAGCUGGACAUGUUGCCUUGCGACUGUGUGCUGCUGGAGUCCGAAGCCAUCUCGAGCGAAGCGAUGCUCACCGGAGAAGCCGUACCAGUAGCAAAGUCGGCCUGUCCCACUUCACUGCUCCUCUCCGUCUUGUCUAGCGGUCAGCCCUUCUCGAAGCUAGACAAGCAUUUGCUCUACGGCGGCACGCAGAUCGUUCGUUCGCGUCCAGGACCCUCCAGCGAUCGAUCUGCCAAAGCUCUGGUCAUACAGACCGGCUUCGAAACCAUCAAAGGCUCCCUCGUCAGGCAGAUGUUAUUUCCUAAACCGCUUAAACAUCACUUCUACGCCGACGCCUUCAAGUUUAUCGGUAUCUUGGCGCUGAUCGCUUUCUGCGGCUUCAUCGGAUCCCUUGUCUACUUCAUCACCAUUGGGGUGGACAGAGUCGAAAUCGCUUUGCGUGCGCUGGACCUCUUCACCAUCUGUGUGCCACCCGCUCUUCCGGCAGCAAUGAGCGUCUGCACCAGUCUGGCGAUCGCACGGCUCAGAGGAGCCGGGAUCUUCGUCACCUCUCCCGCCCGGAUCAACGUAGCUGGAAAGACCUCUUGCGUCGUUUUUGACAAGACGGGUACACUGACAGAGGCUCACCUGGAUGUGCUGGGAGUCAGAAAUGCUUGUCGCGCCACAUCAGCCACGACAUUAGAGCUCAGCGACCUUUUGAGGACGCGUGCGGAGCUCGAAGAGGACACGAAACAGUCGCGGGAGCAGGUAUCGCUCGCUGAGGCUCUUGCUACUGCACACGACCUCAACAUGCUCGACGGCAAGACGAUAGGAGAGCCGCUCGAGCAGUCCAUGUUCGCAUGGACGGGUGCCACGCUGGAUGACGAGGCGGCCCCUGUGGAGCUGCAAUCCGGACCUGGUGACGUCGGCCAGACUAAGACUACACACGCGCUCACGAGCGACGGUACCGUCGCCAAGGUUCCUAUUGUGCGCUGCGUCCAAUCGCACGGUGGUGGCCUGCGUGCCGUGGUGCGCAAGUAUGCGUUCGAGUCUGGUUUGCGCCGGAUGUCUGUGAUCGUCAAAAGCCAGUCGGAGGUAGGCGCUAGGAUCUUUACCAAGGGAGCUCCAGAAGCUAUCAGACCUCUCUGCAGGGCAGAAUCUCUACCACGCGACUACGAAGCCGUCUUGGAUGAGUACACUCACAAGGGCUUCAGAGUGCUCGCACUCGCUGGCAAGAGCGUGACCCAGCUGAGCUGGCACCACGCUCAGUCGCUGGUUCGAUCACAAGCCGAAUCUCAGCUCACUUUUCUCGGUCUCCUCGUCUUUGAGAACCCCCUGAAAGAGGGCACCAAAUCCGCCCUCGCUAGAUUACAUGCCGCCGGUCUGCCCACGAAGAUGUGCACGGGCGAUGGACUUCUGACUGCGAUCGCCGUCGCGCGCGACGCCGAGAUGGUCAAACCAGAAGCGCCCGUCUUUGCUGCUCGUCUCACGGAAAGUGGCAAGGAUUCGAAGCGGCGCGAGUUGCAAGGGCAGCAUGACACAGACGUCAAGAAGUUCAGCGACAACGCAGCUGAUGUUGAAUGGUACGACGUCAACGGCCAGCACGGCAUGCUCGACAGCUAUAGCCUACGACCCUUGGACAACCAGCUUCGUCUGCUGGAUGUGGGCCUCGCCCUCACAGGAGACACCUUCACAACCCUCCUCCAGCACGCAGCUCGAGAGACUCUGGAGCGCGUCCUGGUACGAGCUCAAAUAUUCGCUCGCUUCAGUCCGGAGCAAAAGCAAGAGCUGGUGGAGCGUCUACAGGGUCUACAAUACACCGUCAGCUUCGUUGGAGAUGGUGCAAACGACGUUGGAGCUCUCAAAGCUGCUGACGUGGGUCUGAGCUUGUCUGAAGCGGAAGCGAGCGUUGCUGCUCCUUUCACUUCCAAAGAUGCGGACAUCGGAUGCAUAGAUCACCUCAUCCGAGAAGGCAGAAACAGCUUGUGCACCUCUCUCAAUCUCUUCUCUUGGAUGCUCAUUUACUCGCUCGCUGAGUUCUGGAGCGUCACACUUCUCUAUACGGUCGCGACCAGCUUUGACAAUGCAGAGUAUCUGUACAUCGACGUGCUCAUCGUCCUUCCGAUAGCUAUCGGCAUGGCCAACAAUCGUCCGGCACCACAACUUUCCCGCAAGCGUCCUCCCUCUCGUCUAAUGUCGCGUCGAGUGGUGUUGUCGCUCUUGUCUCAGAUGGUGCUGCUUAUCUUGGCCCAAGCCACCGUCUACUUGCUUCUACAUCGUCAGCAUGACUUUUACGAGGCGCCAAUAUUGGACCCUGAAAACCUAGAGCUCUCCGACCAAGAUAACACGAUUCUGUUCAAGACGUCCACGUUCACUUACAUCAUCGCUGCAAUCAUCUACUCUUGGGGUCCGCCGCACAGACAGCACGUGUGGAAGAAUUGGUUUCUCAGCCUGGCCAUCGUCACCAUCACAGCUUUCAACUUUGCCUUCCUCUUCAUCAACUCCGACGGUCCCUUUUUCAGUCUCUUUGCCUUCCACUCGGUCCCGCUGCGCUUCUUGUUCGUCGUCAUGGGAGUUGUGCUCAUUCAGGGUCUGCUCGCAUUUGCCGUCGAGAUAUUGCUUAUCGAUAGGGCAGCUGCAGCUCUGCAGCCACUUGUGGAAUCUUUCAGACGAUGGAAAUUGUCCAACAGGAGAGCAAAAGAGCAGCAAAGACGACGCAAAGACGACCCUUCGCAGCCCGCGUCUGAUGGAGGCGAGCAAGACGCCUAUGACGUUGACGUCGACGCCAGAAAGGCCCAUAGACGUAUCAUGGCAUCGAUCGCAGCGGAGUAGCACACGGAAAACCUUGCAUUCUUAUCGAUCCUGACGCAUCACUGUACUUGUACCAGAGCUUCCCGCAGCAUUGUCUUUUCACAAUGUUGCAAUACAUGCAGCAAG